AUGUCUUCGCGAAGAUCGGCAAGAGCGUCGGCAGCCAAGAGGCGCAGCUAUCGCGAGGAGUCGGAAGACGACGACAACAAUGCAACUGAAGAGCUGACCGAAGACGAAUACCAGCAAGACCGUGCUUCCACCAGCGCAGACGACGAGGAGUUGCUCCAGUCGGAAGAUUCAACCGCCGAGGAUGGCGAACGAGAGGUCAAAGGCGCAUCAAGAGGCGCAAAACGCCGCAAGCUGGACUCCCAACCGACUCAAAGCAAAGCAGGAAAGCAAAUCAAGGAAAGCGCUGGCGAUGAAUGGGGGCCAGGCGUAACUCGAGUCGUUGCUAAGCUCGUUGGCCCGCCUCAGACCGGACACGUAGCUCGUGGAGAGCUAAGUCCCAAUGUGCUGUCGUUCCUCACCGAUCUGCAGGCCAACAACGACCGAGACUGGUUUGCUCGCCAUGAUGCCGUCUAUCGCUACUGCUGGAACAACUUUGGCGCAUUUGCCGAGGCCGUCCUGAACGACAUUAUGGAGCAAGUCGACGAUACUGUUCCCUGGCUUCCGGUCAAGGACCUCGUCUAUCGCAUUUACCGAGACGUCCGCUUUUCUAACGACAAGACGCCCUACAAGACGAACCUGAUGGCAAGUUUCUCGCGAGGAGGCAGGAAAGGACCAUUUGCAGGCUAUCACGUCCUCAUCAAGCCAGGUGGGCGAAGCUUCUUUGCUGCAGGCCGUUGGCAGCCGGAGCGAGAAGAUUUGGCCGUGAUCCGACAGCAUAUCCUCGACGACACGCCAGAGGCUAAAGCGCUCAAAGCCGCGGUGAGCGAGCCUACUUUUGUCAAGUGGUUUGGCGCACCCAAGGGCCAAGCCAAGGUCAAGGCCAAAGGCAAAUCGCAGCCGGUCCCGGGACGCUGCAACCUUUGGGGUGGGGACGACGAGCUGAAAGUGGCGCCAAAGAUCGCAGGAGUCGACAAAACUCACAAGGACAUCGACUGGCUCAAGCUUCGCAGCUUUUGCGUGACCCACAACUUUCCUGAUUCCGAGGUGCUGCGCAAAGACUUUCGCCAACGAUUGAUCCAGGCAGGCAAAGCAUCAGAACCGCUCGUUCGAAUCUCUGUCAACAGCUUGAACUCUAUGACCUCGCCGGAUCCACCUCCGCCACCAUCAUCCGACGACGAGGAUGACAACGACACGAAUGGGGAUCGUCAAAAUGGGGUUGAUGAGCCAGGCGGCGACGAUGACGACGACGACAAAUCAGACGAAGAAGAUCUGGUGCCGACCGAAUCGUUCGACUUCAUCGACGACGACGGCGUUGAUGACGAGGAGGACGAUAGUGAUGAUGAGUGA